AAUAUUGGGACCUUAACUAACAAAUUAGAUUUAUUAGUCUGAUUAUUCCCAAUUCCCAGAGUAUAGUUGGAGAAAAGUUAAGAAUGGUGUAGUAGAUAUUUCAUCAUUCAGUCACCGGCGAAUUUGUUUGUUUUCCGAUGGAUGAAGAAAGAGCAAUUUCUGUUUAUUCUCCGAUGAAGAGCAAAAUAUAUGUUCGUUUUCCGAUAAACGGAGGAGGAGAAGAAAUUGUCGUAUCUCCGCGGAGCCGAGAUGAUAUGACAGUAUUUGAGAUUUGGGGAUGUAUUAGUUGUGUAUAUAAUGGUCGAUUACUUCCGGAGUUGUUGUGGUGGGUUUUUAGUAGCUUUCCGCCCUAUAGUUUGAGUAUUGCGUUCAAUUAUUUCAUGCCUAUUCCCAUUCAUAUGGUAGUAAUCUUCUGUGUGGCCAACCUUUUCUACAUUACACUUCAAGCCAUUGUCCUGCUCUACCCUUUGUUGAACAAUUAUUGGUAUCCCUACAAAACUCAAUUCCGAUCAAUGGGUCCCAAAGGGAAAUUUAUGAUCGACUUCAUUCCCGCUCUAACUGCUGCAGCUUUGAGUUUCAAUUUGUUGAAUGAUGCGGACGAUAAGGGGUUAUGGCACUUUCUAGAGUUUAAUUAUGGAUAUAUCUUUCUGCUGUUUGGCUGCACGGGAUAUUUCUACCUUAUUUCUCACUUUAUGCAUAGAGCGUAUGAUAUUAGUGGAAAAGAUGUUAUGUUGGGAUUAGCAAUGCAGGUCUUUUGCUUUAUGGUGAAGGGGAAAUUGUUUGUUAGAGUCAUCGCUUUGUGCUUCUGCUUUGGUAUAAGUAUCUAUAGAUACAUGACAUAUUCCGCUCCUCCUGCAUUACCUCCUCGUCCCAAGAUGGAAUCGUCUUACUGAUCUGAAGGGUUUUAGCGGAAGCCUUUCAUAUAACUUCCUUUUUUUUCUGUUGUUAUUUUGGACAUACUCUAAUUUAUUAGAAUGCCUUUAAUUUUCAGUAAUGUUCUCUCUUUA